UCGUCGCCGACGCGGAGAUCUUAACCGCCUGGUCAAUCAAUCUCUAUAAACCCAGAACCCUUCUCUUUCGCUCUCGAUCCGAUCGAGAGAGAUGUCGAAGUCGUGCAAGGGCCUGGCCAUGGAGCUCGUCAAGUGCCUCAGCGAAUCCGAUUGCGUCAAGGUGGAGAAGCGAUCCUACAGGGAAUGCGCGGGGGAGAAGAGCCCCUCCAUAUCCAGCGAGUGCGUCGGGUUGAGGGAGACCUACUUCAACUGCAAGAGAGGCCAGGUUGACAUGAGAGCAAGGAUUCGAGGAAACAAGGGCUACUGACUGCCGUUCUUGCAGUUGUUUUGCCAACCUGUGAAAUAUUUGAUAUAAGAGGACCUCCAUUCAUGAUGUCUGAUUGAGUCUUGGUUGGAUCUGAAGACUGCUAAUAUCAUUGGAUUUCUUUUUCGCUUCCAUGUUUUUUUCCUUCAAUUGUCUUGCUAACUGUCAGUCUCUACUCACUAGCUUUUUUUUUUUUUUUUUUUUUUUUUUUUUUUCCGUUUUUCCUUUUUUUUUGGGGGAGCUGUUGGGGGUUGCUGCGGGUUUUACUUUGUAAGAGCCAUAGGAAGACUGCUGAAGUUGGUGAUCAUAUCUUAUUAAUGAUUCUGUGGUUUAUUUCUUACAUCAAUGAUGAAACAGGAUCAAAUUAGCACA